GAUUCUGCCAGUCUCUGCAGUUGCGUCCCGGCGUCGACUCGGGUUUGUUUGCUCACGUCUCAACUAGUAGUGCAGUAUGUAAACAUAAGUGUUUAUUAAUAAUAAUAUUAAUAACGAACUCAAAACAUCGUACUCGCGACGUACGGUCAUUAUAUCCAGCGAUGGAUCAUCAUCACCAUCAUUAUCAACUGAAUCAUCAUGGUGCAAGUCAUCAUUAUCACGCACCACCGUACACGAGAGAUUAUUUCCUGUACGAGUAUUCGUCCGGUUCUGAGUCCGAUGGCACAAGCUCAUUGAACAGCGACUGCGAUUCCGGCAAUUGCGUUGAUUCGGGUCGCAAGAAGAGUUCGCGAUGUCACAGGCAAAAGACGCAGCAGAGGCAAGCAGCGAACUUGCGCGAACGGCGACGCAUGCAGAGUAUCAACGAAGCGUUCGAAGGGCUUCGUGCACACAUACCCACAUUGCCGUAUGAGAAGCGCUUGUCUAAAGUGGACACACUGAAGUUAGCCAUUGGUUACAUAAACUUCCUAUCCGAGUUGACUCGUGGCACAGGACCGACAGGAAAUGGCGUGACGUCUUUGAACGUGGCCAAACUUACAACAAUCGCCGGUCGCUUACAUAGGCCACCGGCACAGGUCAAGGAACAACCCGUUAAGAAGUUUAUUGUCAGAGGUGCGUUCGGAACUCCAUAUUCAUUACAUUCAUUGUCUUGGUCAAGGGCAAAAGAAAAUUGUCCAAACAGUGCAGGAGUAAUGCGGGCAAAGUUAUGGAGGCCUGAAGUAGGGUCACCGCGUAAUUCUGGAUCUACUUCAACUUCAACGAGUUCGACAUCAUCAAGUAAAAUCUAAUCACUCAACAUCAACAUAAUAAAUAAGACCACUAGCUACGAUUAUGAUUUAUAGCUUAAAAGUUAUAAAUUAUAGAAUACUAGUGAUACAUAUAAUAUAUAUAUAUUAUGUCUAA